GUAGCUUAAGUCCCGUGACUAAAAAAAACCUACCUGUUUUUAAAACUGCUGUUAUUUGAGUAUGGCUACAUCCAUUUGGAUCACCUAAAUACAUUGCGUAACCAUGUCACAUUCUGGAUAAUUCUGGAAUGUAUUAGCAUGCUGGCUGAUCAUUAUUGGAAAAAAAAAUCUAAUGGGUAGUUGCACAAAUUCUUCAGAAAAUGUUUUCAAAAUUCAAAAGCCUGUUUCUUCUAGGGCAUAUUUAUCAUGAUUCUUGGAACAAUAUAAUCCUUAAAUAGAAAUCAAUAGGACUUCUUCCAAACAUGUUUUCUAGUAGGUUGAAAAUUAUUACCAUGUUUCCCCUUUUUAUGAUGUAACUCAGGAACUACACAAAAUCACCUCCCUCUAAAGACAACAGAAAAAUAAUGUGGUAAGUUGUAGUUCAUAAGCUAUUGUCAUCUGACAGCCUUCUGAAUUCCGUAGUAUAGAGAUUGUAGUUUUGAAAACUGAAGGAUAAGGAUCUUAUCUUUUUAUAUUUUUUUAAUAAUUAAAAUCCAUGUAAUCCAUUUAUUUACCCUUAGUCAAGAUUUGAUAGGUAUUUUCUAUUUGUAGGAUAUGUUUACAGUAAUUAUUAAUGGAGCUUAGUUCAGAACAAAAGGAUGCUUUACAGACACAAGUUAGUCCAUUUGUACAAAAUUGUAUCUUUGUUUUAAAAGAUAUUUCUAUAGGAUUAUCGGAAGUGUUAACAUGUUAGAACAGAUGGUUUUGAAGGAAAACCAGUGUUGUAGUACUUCUGUCCUUAUAUUUCUCAGUGAUAUGAGUAUUCUUAAGAUGGAGUUAGCCUACACAGCAGUUUCUGGGCUUCUUCCAUUCCUGCAUAUAUCAGAUAUUGAGCACAAUGGUACAAAAGAUUUAAAGACAAUAGCUAUUUUUCACAUCACUACCACAGGAAGGUAACAGAUUGCUUAGCAGGAUUUUGAUAAUUAUAGGAAAAGCCAAAUCAAGCAUGUGAAUUUUGUAGUUAUGCUGUAAUGGAAAACCCGACUCAAAAGACUUCGGUAUUUGUUAGCUGGCUGUGAUUUGUUUCUGCAUUAUAUUCAAACAUAGUGAGACUGCCUAGCAACUUUUUCAAUGUCAUGUUCUGGGUUGAGUUCCUAGAAGACAAUGCUCAGUGACUUACUGCUUGGGAUCCAUUAAUGUGUAGGUAUCUCCAUGGCAGAAGUGCAGAAAACAACUCUCUUGGUAUUACAAGAAGGCUUUUUAAAAAUCAGCAUUAAUUUGCAUUUGAAACUACAACUGAACUGACCUUUCAGUUAAUGAUGUGGUUUGUAUCUGAAGCUUCUAGCUGUCUAUCUGCUAACGAGAUGAGCAGCUGCGUCUUGUGCGGAGCUUGGAGUUGAUGUAAUUUCUUUCUGGGUUUGGAGGUUUGUUGAUAAAUAUGAACUGUAAUAAAUACCUGAGGACUUUAUAAAUGUCGGGUAACUGUUUAACUUCGCUCAGAAGGGAUAAAUAGAAACUGUGAAGUUACCUUGGUUUUGGGAAGAAGUUUCUGAUCAGACAGUUUGCUGAGUAUCUUCUUUGCAACUGCUCAGAGUAUUAUAUCUACUUGCAAUUAGUAGUUUGUUUUCUUUCUGUCAGUCUUGCCCCCCCAAAAAUAUAUUCAUGUUCUCCAAGAAGGGCAGGAAUUAGCUGUAGUUCCAUUUGAUAUAUCUGCCUCAAAGCCAAGAUCCUGUCAGAAGCACGUAAUUUCUUGGAAAAUUAAAUUUACAUUCUUAGCAGUGCAUGUGGAAACCCUGGUGCUGCUAGGAGCUAAGACUGAGCAUCUUAGAUUUGUGUGAACAUAAGAGAUCACUAGGUGUUCUACGUUCUGGAAGGUUCUCCUUUGCUGCCACACUGGAAGAGGAAUGCAGAUAGAUGCAUUUUAAAACCGAGUGACUGUCUCAGAUUCUUUUCUCUUCCUCCUGCAAUACGACUACAUUGUACAUUGUUCUCAAUCUUUCAAGUCAUAUGUAGUCGUGUGUGAGUAAAACGACCCAGCCAGGAGCUAGGACAUAAUUAAGAACAACAGUGUUAAGAUCAAUAAGAUGAAUAAGAAAUGACACAGAAAUAAAUCAUAAACAUACGGGAAAAAUUUGGCAUGGCAGAUAGUCCUGUGUAAUGGAAAGGCACUGUUAUUUUGUAAGCUGAAAAUGAAGGACAGUAACAUGAGUGCUUUUUACUGUACCACAUAUAUAUAUCUAUACACAUAUGCACACAACUGACAUUCUCUUGUAAUAUCACAAGGUUGAAUGUAUUUUUUAAUGAAAAUUCGUGAACUCUAAUUACAAAAGCCCCUGAAUUAGCACCAUCCCUGCAGAUCUGUCUUCUGUGUACUAUGUACUUAACAAGUAGCCAAUAGCACAGGAAUAGUUUAGAUGUUUAAAUUGUUCAGGCCAGCUUACAGGUUUUAUAAUUGUGAAAUAAAGUUCAAGAGUGCACAAAGCAUGGGAUUCUUUUAUUAGCUGUGACUACCUGAAAAUGUGAGGCCACAGUGGGACAAGGAUGUCUUUCCAGGUCAUUAAGCUCUCUUUCUCCCAGUCUUGUUUUCAGCAGUUGGUGGUAGUGGUAUUGAGAGCCUAAAAACAGGGCAAGUGCCUCAUAGUAUCUCUGUUAGAAUACAAUCCAGCAGCUUGCAGGGUGAGGACUUCUUGGGACAAGGAAAUUGGAAUGUCUUUCUAGCUACAGCUAGUUAGCUUUGCUUUUGCAGUUCUGUAAUACCAAGUACCUGAGCAAUGUACGUGUAGUUGGGAAGCUGUCAGGGAGUAUUUAUCUGUGCAUUUUCACCUAAUUAUGUUAGUUUAUUUUAAUAAAUUAAUAUUCUUGUGAUGAAGAGGUGAGCUUCUGGAUAUUUGUGCAGAGCACCUUGACAUAGGAUAUGAAAGUGCCUAACAUUUACACGUUCAAAAAACCUUAAUAUUCAUGCCUUUUACAGACCUAUCAGCUAUUCAGUAUGACACACUUAGAAAGUUUCACUACUUCAGACUUUUUCAGGUGAUUUUUACUCUUGUCCUGACUGCUCAGCAUUCCUCCCUUCCUCUCUCCUAAAGGCAGUUUGGGAAACAAUAUAAUAUAGGACUCCAAAAUAUCAUAUCCUAUGUAAAAGAAAUUGCAUCACAAAAAUUUGACCUAAUGCUUGACAACAUUUCUAAGAACUUCUUCAGUGCUUGUUCUUGAGUGGACAUUGUAAUUUUUUAUCAUUAGAUCUGCAAUUAACAGUGAGGUAAUGUGGCAGUACUGCGUGCUGGCACAGAAGCAUCAAAUCUUCUGCUUUUAUAUGGUUUUCCACCUGAAUCAGCAAUGUAGUUUAAAAAAAAUAAUUUUUGUCAAAUCUACUGACAUCUGUGGAAACAAGACACUAUGGAGGGUCCUGGUUGCCCAGAAGAGACAUGCAUAUUUGUAUGUAAUGCUUCAUUAGAAGAUUGCAAGAAAAGAAAAUUGCGUGAGAAGACCUGUUUUUCUCAGGGAUAGGAGUAACCAGUUGCUCUGAAGUGAUGCCAUCUAAACAAUUGAGUAUUAAUAAGUAAAAGAUGUUGUACUUGAUUCAAAUUAAUAGUUUCAGCAUGCCUAAAAAAACCCCCAAAACCCAAAAAGCAAAAACACGCAACCAAAACAACAAACCAAAUACAAAGCACCUUUCAUCUCAUGAAAUAAAUUACUUGCAUAGAUUUCUUCAGUGUUCUUUUUUUAAUUUAGUCCUCUAACUAUGAAGUCCUUGUUUAUUAAUACUCUAUGUUCUCUAAAUGGAUGCAACCAUUGGGCUGAAGUGUGUAAUUGAAAUGUUGUAAAUACUGUACAUUUGAAAUUUUUGUAUAUGAAAAUAUAAUCUCAAAAGAAGAAUGUGUGUCAUUGCCUCUUUGUUAGCUUUUGUUCUGAAGACUAAAUCUGCUUUUGAAGAUGGCUGAGUUCAUGUUACUUAUGUAGUGUAUGCUUGAGCAUUAUUGAAAAUCAAAGCACUGUUUGAGGGAGAUGUGUGUGGCAAAUAUGUGUGCCUAAUUAGAUGUAGCCAGUUACUGUAUUCUGUUUACCAGCUACAUCAUCAGCUUUGCGAUUUCUUUUUUGCCCUUUGACAGUGUUGAUGCAGCCUGCAGUAACUUCAGUCCAGUUCUGUUGCUUGAGCCUGGAGAGUCUCCUUAUGUUCUAUUUAAAAAUUAUGGACAAGGAUUAUGAUUAAAUGGUUGUACCAUUUGAAUGGAUUAGUUGCUGCAGAGUGAGGAAAGCUGGCCUUCCUUGAAACUCUUACUAACAGAAAUUUAAAUGAUCACAGAGGUCUUAUUUGUGUCAUGUUUUUAUUUCUGCUGUCCAGCCACACCUUGAAAGAGGAAAAGCAUUACAGACAGAUAAUGAGCGGGCAAACCAGGUGGUUCUGCCAGCCAGUUCACUAUGUGUUUUGCAAAAUUAAUCCUGCAGUUGUCAAAUAUUUGCAAUGUGCACAGUAGAAUGUCAGGUCUGAUCUGGCUUUUUCCUGUGCUGACAUCAUUUGAAUAAGACAGACUCAGAAAGGCUGCUUAAACAACUUACAGCCCUUCAAAAAUACCCUUCCACAGAGAGUAAAUACAAUCCUUUCAGAUUGAAAAUACAGAGUGAAAAGACUACAAAUAAAUACACUGUAUUUUCUUUCUGGGUAUGACUGUUUUGUGUUACGUUAUGAGUGUUUUGUGGUGUAUUUUGCAAAUCAAUAGCAGCUCAUUUAAUUAUAGGAAGGGUGGAAGGCACGUGCAGUCCCAUUCCAGAAGACAGGAACCAUAAGUAGUGUUGUGUGCUUUCUCUUACGAGGUUUGGUAGAGUUGAGGCCUGUGAUGACCUGCUUCAAAUGUGAUUAAAUGUGAGAUAAAUUAUAACAAGUAAGGAAGGGUUGCAAAAGCUUGCCUGAAUGGCUAGAGGGCAGUGGUAGCAAGGAGGUAGAGAGCACCUUUGCCAUUCCUCAGUCCCUUUUUCCAUGUGGAUUCAUCCCAGGUACCAGUCUGGCCUUAUAUCAGCUUUUAGUAUAGUACCAGUUCCUACCUGUCCCCGAAAUCUGAAUAGAAGUUGCCAUAGAACACUGUGAAUUUGGGUUGUGAAAGUACAAAGAAUUACUUUAUCUGUUGCUUCAGGGUGCACGGCAAAACUAGCAAUUUUAUUUGACAUACACAAAACUUCAUUUCCUCUAAGAAGAAUAUGGAACAAAGCUUUUUGUCAUUAAGAAUCACACGGUGAUCAAAAUUUUCUGGUUAAAUGGUCACAUUGCAGUAGACUCGAAACUAACACCUCUGAGAAGUGUGAAAACCAAUUCCGCUAAGUAUGGAGCGUUCUGUCCUGAAAACCUCAGCACGCUGAUUCCUGAAUGCUCAGGAACUAUAUCUACACAAGAUCUGAAACACUGUAUUUAUUAAAAAAAAAAAAAAGGCUUGUAAAACUAUAGUGUGUAUAUUCAAUAGUAAUUUGGAGAUAGUGGUGGUAAAGACUUGUUAAAAUAGACUUCUGGUCUAGAGUUUGUGCUCCUUGGAUGAUAGAGAGAUGGUACUGAGAAUUCAAAACACAACCACAGAACUGAGCCACAGGCUAGAACAUGUGAUGCUUAAAAACUUCUACCUGCAGAAGAGAUGAGUGGAAGGCAAGGUUUUUUGUUUUUUAUUUCUGGUGGUUUUUUCCCUUGGCCAGGGAAACCCCUAGAGCUUGGAUCUUUCCAAGGUUUAUUGCCCAGAGUGGCUACCAGAAGUUUUGAUUACAGAUGUGGAGACAGACACUCCAGUUCUUCCAGUCUUUUUCUCUGAAUGCCUGCCUUCCAGCCUCUUGGCCUUCUUGUGCUGUGUGGUGACUCAGCCUGGUGCAGUCUGCGGACUAGACAGGACUGUGGUGAUCAGGUGCAGAGAUUUCCAACCACUGCCUACAAGAUGAAUGUGUGAGUCGUGUCCUACCCACACUACUGAUGUUUCAGGAGUUGCCUCAGCUGCCUCUGGUGGCAGUGUGUCAGAGAGAGUGAGAAUUUGCACUACCAGGCUUUGAGCCUUCCUUUCUUCAGUAGGUGGACCAAGAAAUCAUGAGCAAUGUUUGUGUUGUACCUCUCCAGACUUAUCUGGGGUUUCUAUUGGCUGACUGAGCACCUGGUACCUUUCCUAUACUAUUAAGAUUACUUAAGCAAACCCAACAAAUUGUGGAAUAUUAAUUCUACGUGUCUCCAAGUUAGUAGUUUUUUUUGUCUGCAGAUAAUUUGGUGAGGGAUCCACAAUGUAAAGUGGGUCUUUUCUCAAUGUCUUAAACAAACUACAGCACUCCUUAUGGGUAGAAAAAAUAUAAUCAUAUGGCUUUGCAAAUGAGGAAAAACUGACAAUUUUUUAAGGGAACCUGUCAUUUAAAUAAAAUGUUUUGAGCUAUUGUGGGGUUUCAUAUUAAUUUCAGUUCCUAAUAAAUGUUGAUGUUGACUACUAACUUCCUGGUGCAAUUCAGUGUCUUGCACAUUCUUAAAUAAAUACUUCAUGUGCAAAUAAUGACUUGCUAUUUGCAAGCCUUCAGCAGAUCUUCAUCUUUGAUAUGUUCAAAUGUCUUACUAUCUAGGUGCAGCUACAGCAUUGGGAAUUUCUAACUGUAGUCUUUAAGAUGUUGACCCAAGCCCUUUAACAGUGAGUGCUGAAGACGUUGUACCUGUGGCAGAAAGCAGGGAAAGCACGCACUGUGCAGUGAAAGUCUACCUCUCUUCCUCAGAAACUUCUCUAUCAGAGCUCAUGUGAUGCAAUGCCUCUUCCUUAAAGAGCAGGGAAGAAAAAUGUGAAAAGUCCCUCCUGCCUGACUGUGGGUGUUUACUUUCUUUUUUUUCUUGUGUGUAGUGUAGAGAUUCAUUUUCCCUGUCCCCACUGAGCUGGUGAAGCCCUGCUGCACCUGACACACCAGAAGAGGCUGAGGGAGCUGGAUCCCUUCAGCCAGGAGAGGUGGCACUCAGGAGAGAUCUAACUGCAGUAGCCAAUUAUAACAAAUAUUUGCAGAAAUGAGGGAUUUUUCUCUGAGGCCCCAAGUAAAAACACAAAAACCAGCUGUCAUAAAUUGCAGCAGGGGAAUCCCACUUGGAUAUGCAGGAGGAAACUCACACUGAAAGUGAUUAAGUAUAGGAUAAAUUUGCCAUUAGCCCUGUGCUGAGCAUUAGGCUGGACUGAAAGACCUCCAGAGUCCCGUCCUAAGACAGGUUUUCCUGUGAGUCCACACUGGCUGUUUAGAAAAGACUGAAAACUCUGGCUCCAAUUGUGAGUAGUCUUUAGGUCCAGAGCAAUGUGAACUACUCAUUUUUUUAAUUUUUGUGUGAAAUGCUACACGAGAGAGACUUGCCUGGCCUCUGCCAGUUACUAGAAGUAUUUUCUGUAUGCUUUGGGAAUUUCUCCCCUUUCUUCAUCCUCCCGCACACUCAUUCAGGUAUGUAAGGAAAACCCACCCUCAUAUCCACUGCAAAUAUCAGAGACUCACAGCCAAAGGUCAUGCUACAGUAACAGUUUCAGGGUUAAAUUGUCUACUCUUAUGUGUGGAAAAUAACUCAUUCAAGGGAAAAAGAAAGAAAAGGAAUAACCAAGGAGAUGGUGCCAUGAAGUGGGAUGAAUCAAGCAACUUUCAGCAAGAAUGUACUUGGGAAAUGUACCUGUGAAUGUACUUGUACUUUACCUCUGUGUAGCAAUAGUUUGUCCUCAAGAGAAAAAAAGCUGUUUUCCCAGCAUUCUGAUAGGUUUCAAUUCCAGGAAUGGAAAAGAUCCUCAUGCCCAGAGUUCUAUACUGGUUCACAAAAAUAUCAGUUCUGCUGUUUCACAGUAGUUUGUAUCAAAACGGUGCUUCGGUGUGUAAGCUAGGAUGAGCUAAUAGCAUAACUACUUAUGUGGAUUCUGCUGGAGAAAGUAAUGUAUAUUGACUUUUCAUUUCUUCAUAAAGUUCAGAGCACCCUUAAUAUUGUUUUUAAAAAUUCUUGUAUUUUAAAUGGCAUUGCAGUGCACAUCAUCCUGUAGUGUUCCUCAAUUUUUUUUAAAAUGUACUAUAUACAUAUUCUGUGAAACUCGAGACAUAUGUGUCUGUACGUAUCUAUAUGUGUGUGUGUAGCUGGUCCUUCUUUGACUGCAGUAAUUUUUAUCACAGAAAGCCCUGAAGCAGCAUGACUGAAGCUGAUGAGUAGCACAACAUUACAGAUGCUGAUAACCUGCUAUAACAAUAACAACGAAAUUUAUAUAAAGAGUUACCAAUUAAUGCAGAAAGCUGAGCCCAAUUGCAGAUAAAACACUAUCAGAGUGCAAUACGCAUGAAACCAUGAGUUUUUCCAUGUGACAGGUGUUUCUUGCCCCAUUUCACCACGUGGCAGAGCAGUUUUUUUCUGAGCAAAACCCACCGGCGCCAGGCAGGCUGGCCCUGAGUUCUGCAUUCGUAGGAGGAACCACCAUCAAAAGCAAUUUUGGCAAAGGUCCACACUUCAGCUCCUGGCAAUGAGCUGUUACGUGGGGUAUGGGAAGGUGUGUUGGGAAGGAGUAAACAAAUACGUGAUCUGUGACUAAACUUUGAUGACCUUUCAGUCUAGUGAUUGGUUUGUAAAAGUUCCCUAUUCCCGCACUUGAGCUCAUAUAACAUGACGAAAUACUGAUUGCAUUUGGUGUGGGGAACUACUUAAAGGUCACUGAAUUUUGAAAAUGUGUUUGGGAAAUGGAUAGAUAAAAAAUUUACAGCCAGGGUAGACUUUCUGCUUUCUGCCUUCAUUUUGGUAGGUGUUUUUUCACUUCAUUUCUUCUCAAUUCUUUAAUUCCCUUAAUUGGUUUGAGUAAUUAAUUAUUCAAAGCUGCACAGUUAGCAUUUUAGUAUAUCUGCUGCAGAUUUAGUGCUUGUAUAAUGAGGUAUAGGUGAUCAGCUGAACUGAGAGCCUGUGCCCAUCUGUCUGACCAAGGUCAGCUUCUUGAUUAGAUAUUGUCCAGUUUGCUGAAUAUAACUGGUUGCUUUUAAAUAAAGAAUAUCUUCAUUUGAACCAGAACUUGCACUUUUUCAACCUGACAAGUGUUUUGCCUCCACCUUUUCCCAAAGCAAAGAUGAUUCUCUGACAAUUUUUUUUUGUCUGCAGACAGAUGGUCUUCACAUCCAUUACUCCUUUGGUGGAAGUUGUUACAUAGUGCUGCGUUAAGUCAUACAAAAUUUGCAUUUUUCUCUUAUUGCUUGUCAUCUUGAGUUUGCAAAAAGAGAAUCCUGACCUUUGCCUAGUUGUACUAGUGCAUGAGCAGCGAAGCACUGGUGGGUGUCAGCAUCGGGGAGUUUUCUGAGGGAAGCAUGAGGGGCAAGGCCAGGCAGGAGGGCCAGCAAGCUCCCAGCUGCCUCCAGUAGCACCACAUCCACCACCAGCAACCGACUUGGCUGAGUUUUCCAUACGUCCCAGGAGCACAAAACUCCUCUCCCACCAGGCAGGAAUGCACGUGGCAUUAAAGCACUAGUAAGCACAAAGUGAGAUUUUUUUUUUGCCUGGGAGCCUUGGCAUCUCCAGCCCUGGGGUCAAGCUUGUAGGGAUGCACAUAUUGGGAAGACAGGAUUCAGAUGACAGCACUGACAAAUGCCAAUAUUUGUGCAGGCAGUGUUGCAGCGCACCUGCACCAGUUGGGGCAUAUGACUGGCAGUCUGAAAGUCCAACCAGAGAGGCACUUUGGCCCAGUGGGCUGGGCUUACCUUCUCAUUCCCUGGUAGGAGGCUGGUAGUCUCGCAGCCUCCCAUCAUCUGUCCAGGAGCCUGUGUGGUGUGAACGUGCUGCCCAACAGCCAGCAGGAAUUUCACAGCCCCUCAUUCUUCUAAUUGUACACUCCUAGAUGAUGUCCUGCUGUGAACACACCUGCAAACUCUGUCUCUUGCAUUUGACCCAGAGAUAGUCCAUCAAACCAGAGGACAACCCUCAGCUAAAUUAAACCAAAACGGGGAAUUUGGAAAACUACUGAGGGGAAGUCUGGAGUGGUUAACAAUUACUUCCUCAUAAGACAUGCCCAAGAGGAAGAGAGGUGCUUUCAGUCAUGGAGCUGCUCUUCUAAGCAUGAGGAGGAUCAUGCUUUCCUUCCUCUGCUUACUGAUGCACCUGCUUCAGGAUGAGAUAACUUCACUUUUACUUACGGAAAACCAAGACCUGCAAGACUCGAUUAAGCCGCAGAAGGUAGAGUUUCGUUCGUUAAACUUCAACAGCACUUUGCAUUGGCAGCCUGGGUGGGCCAGAGAGGCAAGAGACACACUCUACUUUGUGCAGUAUAAAGUUUAUGGGCAGACCACAUGGCAAAACAAAGAUGACUGCUGGGGAAUUCAAAGCCAUGUCUGUGACCUAACACAUGAGACCUCUGACAUCCGGGAGCCUUACUAUGGAAGAGUGAAAGCCGCAUUGGCUGGUGUCUAUUCCAACUGGAGCCUCAGCUGCAGAUUCACUCCCUGGCGAGAAACUAUGAUAGGACCUCCAAUAGUAACUGUGGUUCAUAGCAACAAAUCCAUUGUAGUAAAGCUCCAGCCUCCCCGUUCUCCAUAUAAAAGGAAGAAAGGCAGCAAGAUACCAAUGACAAAUUAUUAUGAUCUGGUGUAUCAAGUCUUCAUAAUUAACAACUUGCUAGAUGAGCAACACAAAGUCCUGGUGUAUGAAGGAAAAGACAAGGUUAUUAAGAUAGAAGAUUUGAGGCCUGGAGUCAGCUACUGCAUCGUGGCUAAAACCUACAUGCCCAUACUGGACCGCAGCAGUGCCUACAGCAGCAGGCAAUGCACUGUGCUGCACUGACAGGGCUGGCGCCUCCGCGACAGGGAUAACGGCAGAAGACGCUUUCCAUCACAGAUCCAGCUGUAAAUCAACGUCUGUUGUCUAUGUCUGGAAUACAUACUUGGACACUUUUUAAACUAACCUUUGCUGCAUUAAAUUAUUUGAUUCCUCACAAUCAUUUUAUGCUACGUGAAGGUCAAGGAUUGUUUGUAUGUCCUGUAUUACAAUUUAUGAUGGUAUAUAUUUGCAUUUUCAAAGGAAACAGUCUUGUAAUAUAAAAGAAAAAAACAUGCAAAAAGCAUUUGUGGAAAUAUCCUUAAGAUUCCUUCUGGCGUUUUUCUAUUUUAAGCCUUGAAAUUAAAAUACAAUUUAUAAAAUAGAAGUUUCAGAUAUUUUAUGUCUUCUAGAACUACGGCUGCAACAGAAUAUGUAAAAAAUGUCCUCUCUUUAAAAUAAGAAAUGUACAGUACAGGAGUA